AUGACUCCGCAGGUCGAAAAUAAAAACAAAGUGCAUCUGGGAAUCGACAUCGGCACGAGUUCCGUCAAGUGCUGCGCUAGACAAGGCGUCGUGUGAGCUAUUUCUAAAACCAAUCUGAAAUGCCCAAGUGAAAGGAAAAUCAAGAAGUUUUAGAAUUCUUUGCAAUUUCGCCCAGAGCUACGAAAAAGACUGCGGCGCGACGCAGGACGCUGUCCACGUGCUUCAGACGGCUCUCGCCGUCAUCCACGUUAGUUUAUCUUUCUUUCGAAACACUUUCUGUCACUUUUCAUUGGAAAUCUCAAAGAAUGAUUCCGAUCGAAGUAUAUCGCUUUUCCAAGAAAAGUAUGACGCGCCGAAGUGACUCUGCAAACAAUUCCGAUAAGGGGUCCCGUAUCUUUCUCGCAAUUUAUCAAAGGAAAAAAAGUUAGUUGACGAGGGAUUGCAGAAGACGUGCGAAGAAGUGCAUCUGCCUAUCGACGACGUCUGGAUAUGUGGUCAGAUGCACGGAGUUGUUCUUUGGAAGGCCGAGUCUCUCCGAGACGGCUACGCCAGAGGCUUUUUCUGCGUUUUUCUUUCAAUCUUUUAGUCUUCCCGUUUUUAGAAACGUUCAUUUCCUCGCCACUUUACAAUUGGAUGUACGAUUAUGAAGAUAAAAUUUUCCUAAAAACUCUUCCAAGGUGACUCAUAACUUGAAACAGCAAACUUUUCAUUAGUUGAAGGUGUGAUUCGUGUGAGGUUCAUCCAGGGUACGGCAUGGCUACUCUCGUGUACCUUGCACAGAAAGAUCCGGAGAACCUGAAGGUUUUCAAAAGAAGUCUAACAAGGCCACUUUUGUUUGAAGCGUUUUGAUCGCUGUGGAACUAUUAUGGAUUUAUUCGCAAACGUGCUCUGUCAUAGAGAUGACGUUGUGAUGGGACGGCAGAACGCGCAGAGCUGGGCAUUCUGCCAAGAAGACAGUUGGCAGUCUGACGUCGUGAGGGCCAGCCUUCGAGUUCUCUGCUCAUUCGAGAUUCAGGUGAGUCUUCUUCCUGAGCAUCUUCGGCUUCCGCGUAUCGAGCCGAAGGACGGCGUGGUCGGCGAGGCUCAGGUCAAGAAGCUCAAGGGCGCCACUGUGCACGUUCCUUCCGGAGAUCUGCAGGCUUCCGUCGCGUCCCUCCGUUUUCACUCGAAGACCGCUUGUGAGUUUUCAAGGCCCUUUUUCAGAUUAUGACGACAAGCUUUUCAUCAAAACAGUAAAUUACUUGAAAUUCCGAUAUCAUGUAACAUUUAUUAUCUUAUUCAUGUUACAUUGUUGAAAAAUCAGAAAAUAAUUUUGCAGAUCUGGUGUUAGGAACAUCGGCGCAGCUUUGCACGGCAGUGGAGGAGAAUUCGCCGGACUUGAACCGACUUCCGCCAUGCGUCGUCAACCUGCCUUUCGUCGACAGGAAGCGGCUUCUGGCGGCGCGCUCGAUGAACGGUGGCAACGCAAUAGAGUCUUUUCUCAAGGUGAAGUCAACUCUGUACACCAACUUGGUCCAUCAAGUUUCAGAACACGAAUACUUUUGAGAGAGAUUCUUUAUUGUGUAAACUUUUUUGUGACUGAUAGCCUUAACUGUCUGUUCAUGAUUUUUAGAUGCUCGUCGAAGAUUGGCAAGUUGCCCCGUCAUUUUCCCUUUCGCUCCUUGGAGACCUCAUCGGGAAACUUAAUCGCGGUCGGUUUUUAUUCGAACCAGCUUCAAAGCAUGAAGGUCUCCCUGUCAUGACUCAUAUUUUAAAAAAAAACAGAGCCUCAGCUUUUGUCACAACCCUUUUUUUUUCUCAAAACGACUAUACGUAUUCACAAAAGAGGUAACUUCCAUCCAAGUCUGGAAAGUAAUUUUUAAAAAAACUCUAUCAAUCAAUUAUAUUCUUAUAGAGACAAAAAAAGUAGAUAAAUUUGAUCAGAAAUAAUUUCUAGGCAUUCUAACUAGUCCAGUAUCAAAAAAAGCAUUAAAAAUCAAACGAAAAGCUCAUUUGCAGAAGAAACGCACAAAGACGAAACUCUGAAGGUUACGCCUACUUUCUUUCAAGAGAGGGGACAAGAACACAAAGGAGUUUAUAUUUCUGAACGUCCAACAACUUCGAACCACCUGCAGGUUAAGUUGAGAUCCAAGAAAAUAUUUUUACCUGACGAGUUGGAGAUGAUGGACGCUGCGCACGAAGGCAUCGUAGAGAACAUCUUCUCGAUGUUUCCCUUGGAGUCGCUGCAGCAGCUCGGCGUGAGUCGCAUCGUCCUGAUCGGCUCUGCAGACGAGCCCCGGUUCGCGCGACACGUCCGUCGCAGAGUCGACGGCUUUCUCCAGGUCACCGACGAACCCAACGUCGUUUCGGCUGCUUUGGGAGCGACGUUGCUCACGACGCCUCAUGUGUAA